GUAACACGGCUAUACUAGGGCGCAAUGGAUGUCUUACUCAUUAACUGCGACAAAACGUACCCUUUAGAUUCUGUAGAAGCGUUGCUGAAACGUACUUAUACCCCGGGUAGCAAUACUCGGAUCGAGAAACGAUACUGUAACGUGUCAGAGUUACAGGCGGUGAGUGAGGAAGUGCGACAGCGGCGCCUCCUGUGCGGGGUGUUCGUCGUGAACGCCUACGAGUCCCGCCUGAGUAUUAACGAGGACAAAGCCGGGAUCGGAUAUGCUGUGUUGUACAAGGCACUUUUGGAGGCAGCAAAAGGACGAGUCGUUGUAGUGAUCGGUGGGGAUGACCGGUACAAGGACGGAGAAGAGGACAGGAGCGUCCUGUCCACCUGGGCCUACCACAAGAUCGCCGCCCAGUUUGACGACACGUACCUGGACGGCAGGCGGGGCUUCGUCUUCUCCUGGGACGAGCGGCACAACCCGGUUCACGAGGAGGCGCUAGGGGGCUACCUGCGGGCCAUCUCGGUAGGAAAACCUGGCUUAGAGCAGCCCUUCAAGCCGACACCGCGCUCAAAGCCAUUGCCCAAACCAGAACCGAUCAGUACUCCUAGCACGUCCACGGACAUAAGUAAGAGUCAGACACCGCGGACUGAUCCUAAACGUGGACCGUCAACUCCACGCCAAGCCACAACAUUAGAUGCACCGCAGAAAGAAGCGCCAACGAAAACUGAGGUGCGCGAAGAUAAAAAGGAAACAGGACCAGCAAGCACCUCUCAACAACAGCAACACACUAACGCACACGGCCUCACGAGUCAUCUAAGGACCCGGCAACAUGACGACAAAGGGACAAAUGAGUCCCAAAGAAAAGCAAGAAAAGACGAACUCGAGCAUAAAACUGUAGACUCGGGCACAGACUUUGAAGACCCAUUAGGGGCUUCUGCAUCUUACACGCCCAAAGUCACUCAAAACAUACAGCCACACUCUACAGAUGGCAAUACACGUAUGUCAGGGCCGAGCCGGGUUCAGUUAGAUCCUAUCGCUCUAUGUCUAUCUUUGUUGAAUGAAGCUGAAGAGUCCAAGUUAGCAACAGGUCUGAAGGAAAAAAUCGAGAAAGACACACGAGGUAGAACAGUGAAAGUUAUCCAGCUUUAUGUUGAUGGGAAAGAAAAGAGUAGGUAUGAUUUUCUGAAAGACGGGAAUGCAUAUUCCAUUCCAGCUAAAAUACAGCGAGCUAUUGAUGAAAGCAAGGGUGUGAAAGGGGCUAUAGUGAUUGUUGUUUUUGACGACGGGUUUUUAAGUGGAGGGGUAGGAUGGGAAUUCAUCGAUUUGUCUGAUCUGAUUGUCAAAUUUCCACAACAGCUGAGGGAAAAGAUUGAAACAUAUCGAGAAGGAAGAAUAGUUAAAGUUAUCCAGAUCUUUGUGAAUGGGAAGGUAGUCAGCAGAUAUGAUUACCCUGAAGGUGCGGAUGUGUUCCCCAUUCCAGAUUACAUUCAGCCAGGUAUCAGAGGAAAAGGGCUUGAAGUUGUGGUCAUUUUUGACGAUGGUUCUUAUAAAGGAAGAGAGGAGUUGGCAUCAAGAUGCCUCAAUCUAGAUGCUCUGAUUGACGAACUUGCAUGAUAUCUCACUGUUUGGCAUUCAGGUGAAGUCUGGUACAAGGAUAGCCACAGCUUCGUUAAUCAAAAGUCGUUGUGUGCACCGCAGUGUGUGUAGACAGUAUGCGGCUCUUUUCACAGUAGAGAAAAUCUUUUCUACAAAUGGAGCUUAAUAAAGAUUUAUAUAGCAAAGCAGAAAAAACUGAAUAAGAAGGUGCGCCUGCAUUCCAACUAGACCAAUUUUAGUCCAGCUAUAUGAAAUCAGUAGCUACUGUACUACAGCAAGUAUUUCAAUGCCAAUGUGAAAAUUUGUUUCCUGCUAUCCAAAUGUGGUCAACAUCCUCAAUAUGUUUACCCCUAGCCCUACGGAAUUCGCAAUGGAACCCAAAUGUAAACCUAGUACACCAUUAUCAACAAUUAUGAGCAAGUAAUUACAUUUUCCUUUUUAUUUCGUAUAAGCAUGGCUUUAUGUAUACAUGUAUUAUCAAGCCGAUUCUUACUUAUUUUAGUACACUAUAUUUUAAAGAAGCUAUAAAUGUAUAUGAACGAUAAGCAGUAUUGUCGGACCAGCUCAUAUAAUUAUUUCAAAGAAAUCUUAACGGUAAAGAUAUUUUGAUCCACCUUAUAGACCGAUCCCAUGAAAAGGCAGUGGUAUUGUCAUAUUCAUGAGUUGUCGUAAUCAUUUUGGACCAAACACCUAUAUCUAAUAAAGAAAAUAAAGCU